AUGGCGUCUGCUGCUGCAACAAGUGGGUACUUGAUGGCAGAUUUCAAUUACUUCUUGCUCCAAAUAGCCAGUGAAAUAAAAAGCGACGAAUUGGCCGACAUGAAAUUUUUAUGCCAAGAAGAUGACGAUUUACCGAGAGGAAAACUUGAGCCAAUCGCGAACCCAAGAGAGCUUUUAAACGUCCUCAAAAAAAGCGGUAAAAUCAAAGCUGGAGAAGUGAUGUAUUUGGUAACUCUGCUGAAAAGAGUAGGUCUCGUUCAGCUUGCUGAGAAAGUCAUAGAGAUGGGUAAGACGAGUAUAUUAUUAUUUCGUUUUAUUAUUAACGACUUUUGUCGCUGGGGGUGAUGUGGUUAUGAAAUGACUUGAAUGUUGAGGUUCCUUUAUCUUAGUUUAUGUUGUAAUACUUGUUCUAUUGUAACCCUCGCCAUGUUGUUUCGGUUAGAAUACUUGAUCACUGCACGCUCAAUUCAAACACUGAUCCCAAAGUCCCCAACUCUGCGAGCACCAUGACCAAUAAACGCACCAAAGAGGGACCGAUGCUAUCGCGGCCGACUGUAGGUCGAUUUGUUGGCCGAUGCUCGACCAACAGUAAAACAUCAUUUGGCCGAUAUAUCGGUCGAUACUCGGUCGACUCUCGACGGACAUCUCGGUGGAGAGUCGACACCAGGUAUCGAUCUACAUAGCGGCCAAUAUAUCGAUCGAUAGUCGACCAGAUGCCGGCCGAUACAUCGAUCGACAGUCUCCCGAAAGAUGCGUGAUCCACAUCCCUGAAUUGGAUGCAACAUACCAGGGGUCUAGGCUCGUUGCGUUUUUGUUGGUGAUUAGAUCUAAUCGUACAACACCAGAAUUUCUAUUAAUGGCCCUUUGCUAAUUUGUACCUCCUAAGAGGUCGCUAAGAGCAAACAACCAAGAUGGCUCAGAUAAAAGCGGCUUACUGGUAAAAUUUUAGCUUGGGGGGAUUUCCUGUGAAUUCUUAGUUGGGGGUGUGCCGCCCGGUUCUCCAUAUCUAGCCUGGGAGCAAGCUCUCCGAUGCCCUCUGGCGGCCAGGCGGGAAAAGGAAGGAGAGCUUGCGACAACGUCUCUGGACUUUGAAUUCUAACCUCAAUUUCCGUGUCUCGUCGUUGACUGAGCUGUCAGAUUUCUGCCAAUAAGCACGAAGCGGAAACGAGCCCGAGUGUAAACAAACAUUGAAAAACACGUGCCCAAGGGUAAUGACGUCAUUACUAAUGUCAUCUCCACCAAUCAGCAUCUCUCAUCGACUUUUUCGAUGCAGAUAGUCAAAUUCAAGAGACUUAGUUUCAAGCUUUCCGUCCUUUUUCCGCCGCCAGAGCGACACGAAGAGCUUGCUCUCAGGCCACUCCAUAUCCUGACCCUGUUUCAGACCCAAAAAUAUAAUUUUCCACCCCCGUUUUCAGACCAGACCUCUAAAAUCGAUACCCGUUUUCAGACCUGGCGUUUAGACAGAAAGUUUGUCAUCAUUGCUUAGAUUACAGCGCAAACAAAAAAAAUUCCUUAAAUCCAUUUUCGAAUUCGCAUAUUUCUCUUUCAUUCUUAUUAAUUUGGAACUGAAACGAUGAAUACCGUAAAAUUCCGAAAAUAAGCCCCUACAAAUAUAAGCCCCCCAGACCGGAAACGCAAUAAACCCUCCGUUGAAUCGCCCCUCCAAAUAUCAGCCCCACGGGGGGCUUGUACUUGGAAAUUGCCCUCAAAUAUAAAGCCCAAUCGAUUUUGAAACGCAAAUUUCCCUCCGUAGAUAAGCCUUUCCAAAAAUAAGCCCCUCAAAAAGGGUCUUUGAGAAAUAUAAGCCCCGGGGCUUAUUUUCGGAAUUUUACGGUACGUUCAUACCCGUAGUUCCCUCAAAAACCAUACCCGAUUCCAGACCAAAAUAGGCAAAGUGUUUACCCGUUUUCAGACCAACAAGGCCCAAAAACCAUACUUUUUGGGGCGGUACAUGUAAGUCAGACCCCCGGAAGGACGAUGUUUUUUCGACUCACAGACAACCUGUUUGGUAGUGAAUGCAAAGAUUCUUGUUGACGUUAUUUGCUCAAACAUGUUUUGGCGGUUAAGCCGGUUUUCCGCCCGGCUAGCUGGAAGCCGAGCUUUGACCAAGCGCUUUACAUGCCAUGUAGAUAGCCCAUCUUGAAGGGUGCCUUGAGCAAGUGGACAGGUUGCUCCCAUCCGGCAAGUUAUUCUGUCUAGCCUAUGUGUACUCUUCUUGCAUUCAGUCUCUAUGCAGGAGGGGGUCCUAAUCUUUUUGGGACGCUCUCACGACUUUGCUUCUAUAUCUUUGCCACUUUCCUCACAGUUGUUGUAAGGAUUGGAACCCGUUGGACAGGUUUUAAAAGCUAAUACCCGUCUGCUGUAACUCCUUUUCCUGGUCCGCGUUGUAGUAAGCUGUUGGGUUUAUUUGUGCCACAUAUGACUUUAGCUGGAGCUGAAGUGUUGUGACUCCAGGAAGCAGGCAGAAUAUACAUCCAUACUACAAUCUCACAUCCUCUAGGGAUCACCUGAUCUUCUGCUGAUACACAUGUGAUCAGUGUGGUUUUCCAUGACGUGGUAGGGACUCUGCCAGGUGGCUUUGUGGAUGUAGUUAAUUAAGAUUUUCUUCAACCGAUGACCUCGCCGGUUCUCGUUCAUUUUUUCCAGGCCAUGUUGUCCCAGAUUAUGUCGCUCGUAUCCAUUGCUGUCGUCACCUUCCUCUAUGUUGAAAACUUCCACUAAGAACUUGAGCUCCACUGUGGAGUCUGUUUCAAAACUCCCCGUUCUUCGCCCCCACCCCCUCCCCUCAUCCAACGUCAUUCGUGGGAUAAGGCGCUGCACCGCAUUGAUGCGGAAGUUUUUCAUUUCGUUAUAAACUUGACCGCCAGUUUCUGAAGUUCUCAACUGAUGUGCGCUCCAUAUCACCCCUUUUUAAGCAUUUAAAGGCUGUGGGAAGCAUCUUCCUUUUCGAUACCUGCAUGAGUAUCUAAUCCAUCUGGUGUGACAAAGCCCAAGCAGUGCUAUCUUGAAGAAGUGUUCAUCUUUGCUGCCACUUGUGCUUCUUUUCCAGCUUCUUAAGUUGCUCGGAUGUUGUAACUAGCAGUUUUGGCUUCUGCCUUUACUGUCAGAAGAUGGUCGACGCCGCAGCCACUAUCCGGAUGUCGCUGCUGCUAGCAGCAUGUCAUACUCCUGCAAUAUGAAGGCUCUUUCACGACCAAUUCUAGCAGCAUCGACGCCCUUUGACCUGUCAACUUGGGUACCCUUCAAGGCUACUUUCUCGCUAUGCUAGAGGCCGUCUGGAAAGGAGACAAUGUUGUUGGUGGCGUCACUUUCAAUAAGAUCUUGGUGUCAUUUAACAUACAUUCUGCAAAGUGCGUUCUGCAGUCUGCUUUCGGCCAUAUACAGUUACAAUACCUCUUGUGCAUUGAUACAAAUAAACUACCGAACAACGGAAAGGGAUAACUUUUCUGGCAUCGGGGCUGCGUUAUAAGUGAUUUGUAUCAACGAGCUGUAAGCUCUUUUGAAAAAAACUGAAAUAUAUAGUUUUUUCUUUUUCGCUAGGACAAUUAACUGCAACUGCCGACCCUACACUUCCUUAUAAGGGAGCACAUUUUAAAGGUAGAGAAUUAGUGGUGCAAGAAAUUGUUCAAAAACUUACCCAGGACCCAGAUCCUUCACGCAUCAUCAUCAUUGUUGGUAUUCCUGGGAUGGGUAAGACUCAAGUUGCCAUUCACGUCAGUCACUUACUCAAAGAACAACAUAAAAAGGCUGUUAUAUUCAUUGAAGGAAAACAAAAGUUUACAGAAAUCUGCAGCGAAAUCCUCCGUCAAAUUAACCCUCUGGCUCCGACACUUUCAGAGAGUCAGGAUAUGGUAAUGAUAGCAAAGAGGCGACUUAAAGAGCUUAGAGAGAAGAAGGUUAUUGUGUUAGACAGCGUAGAAGGUAUACAACAACAAGGAAAGGAAUUUGACGACUUUUUAAGGUAUGUAGAAACAUGCGCAUCUAAUGUUCAGCUGAUCAUCACUACUCGAGAGGAUGUGGGUUUUCGUUCAUUCAACAUAUGCAGAAUUCGUCUGGAUCGUCUGGGGUCUGAGUCGUCUGCCGAAUUACUUCAGGACUUAGUCCCAAACUGUGAGGAGCGGCAUAUCAAGGAACUCGGUAACCUCUGUGGUGGGAUACCGCUGGUUCUUGUCAACUGUGCAGGCUUACUAGAAGAAGACUUCAGCCCGGAAGAGAUGGUCGCACGGCUGAAAGAAAAUCCCAUUCCACUUCUUAAGACUAAUGCAGAGGACGUUUACAAUGCUUUGAGACAAUUCUUGGUCAAUAUUUCAGGAAACAUAAAGGCAAACCUUGUUCGCCUUGCAGUUUUUCCAUCUGCAUUUUCCAUUAAAGACAUGAAGGCUCUCUUCGGUGACGUAUUAGAUCCAGAGGCUGUUAAGAAUACCAUGAUUAGGCGUUCUCUACUUCGUAGAAUUGACAAAGAAAAGUUAGUUUUGCACCCUUUGGUCCGCGAGUUCCUCAAAGCUGAGAGGAAACUUCUCAACAUGGAUGUUGUAGGUGAAAAAGCCCAGCACAAGUUUAAUCAACAUUACCUUGAGCUCCUCGAAACCUCAAGCAAACAAUUUAUCAACAAAAAGUGGUCGCAAAAUGCUAUUUUUACCUUUAGGACAGAAAAGGCAAACAUCCUGGAGAUGUUCAAAAAUUUCCUGCAGAAAGGAGGCGACAAGAAAGAAGCAGAGUCGUGCAUAGAUGUCGCUAACUCCACCAAGGUUUUGGAUUUCUUGGCCAAAGUUUUAUCUCCGCCCUCUGAGUGUGUAGAACUGUAUGAAAGGUGCUGCCACAUUGCCGAAGCAUCUAACGACACGAGAAGACUUGCAGAUAGUCUAACUGCUCUCGGAUUUCUUCGUCUCUGUAAAGAAGCUCACCGAGGGGUUAGCCACGAUACUGUUGAGAUGUUUCAGCGGGCCUAUGAAAUCCGGAAGAAUUUGCCAAAAGACUUACAGUAUUGUGAGACUCAUGCACACACCAUUUCCAAACUUGGGCUGUGUUACGCUCUUCAGGUAAAACUACAAAUAGAAUUAAGCGUUCUCAAUUUUAUUACUUCCAUAACAUAACGUAUAAGAGAAGGGAAAGGCUAUUUUAAUGCCAAUGGAACAAUGUCGCCAAAAAUUUUCCUUUUCUAUUUUCGCACACAGGGGUUCUGCCUCGAAAGGGUGUCUUUGAAGUUUCCGCACCUAAAAGUUAAACUACUUACUUUUCGGAUGUCUUGUAGUUUUUAAACAAAAAUCAGUUAUCGAUGCUGCCUGAACAGGGAGUGGAAGGAGUAACUUGUUAAUGAUCAAAAGUUAUCACUAAACACCCGAAGAGAAAAACAGGCUAUGAUCAUAAUGGCGUACACUGUAGCAUAAAAUAAAGUAAGUAAGUAUCCGAUUGGAAUACUGGGUCAUUACACGACCAAGACUUUUGAAAGACUUUUGGGAUUUUUAAAAGCGACUUAGUUGCCACUCUCUGGAUGCGAGUCUACAUCGCAUGCAUUUGUCGCUGGGAGGUUAAAUAAUGGACUCCUCCCACAGGUACCGAGUGUUAUAACUAAAACGACACCUGCUGACCAUGUCCCUUUUAUUGCGGCACUAAGCUGCGAACAAAAGAGCUUUUUCUUAGAUCCUUUAAGAUAUUUCGUAUAUUUUUAUUCUUGUAGUUAUAAAUUUGCAUUGAUUUUCUGUAUUAUGUAUUAUUGUUAUUAUCAUAUCAUUAUUAUAAUUAUUAGUUGACUAGUUUUCUAAGCAAUUUUCGUGAGCCUGAGAUAACAGCCGACAUUUGGCGGCGACACCACUGGUUUCCCCGCCAAAUGACGUCUGAGAAACGAGCGCAGAAAUUCCAUACUCAUGAUGGCGUCACUACCCAGAUCUGGGUAGUGCUUCUGAUUGGUCGUGUCGCGUGGGAAAAUUGAUUCAACCAAUCAGAAGUACUACCCAGAUCUGGGUAGUGGCGCUUCAUCAGUAUGGAAUUUCUGCGCUCGUUUCUCAGACGUCAUUGGCGACGAAACCAUUGGUAGCGCCCCCCAAAUGUCGGCUGUUUUCUCAGGCUAAAUUUCCGUAGCUCCAAAAUAUUCAGGUUUGUAUUUUCAAAUUAUUUUUUGUUUGUUUUAGGGCGAAUUAAGAAAAGGACUCAAGCUAAUCCAAGAAGCAGUUGAUUUAAGGAAGGAGCUUGGAGUGCGUCUGUAUGUAGCAGCAGGUUAUUGUGAUCUUGGAAGUGAGUAUCUACUCUACUGGCUUUGAUUACAUUUUACCAAAUUUGUAGCAUAGUCGAAUGCCACCGUUGGUCAACCGCUACUGGUAUUACAACUGCAUUUUUAUAUGGCCAGAGCCCAUAAUUUAGAUCUAGUUCAAAUAAUUAAUUCCGCUCAGUUAUUUGCGGUCAAGUUGCUUUGUGCUGCAUGUGAUUAAUCUGUAUCCAUUUAUCCAGUUUGGUGAUUAUAGAUAGACGGUGUCUAUGUGUAUGUAUAUUUGAUUAUCUAUGUUUUUAUUAUUUUUAUAGAUGCGUUUUGACCGAUUUAUUGAUUUUAUUAGGUGCCAUAGAUGGUCCGCGUCUUGGACGACUUGUUAUUACAUAUUAUAAAUUGGGUUUUAAGCAAUUCAGUGAACCUCUCGUCUUUAGAUCUUGUCAUAAAUAACUAGAUUAGGAAAACUUUUAUGUUACGUUAUUACAUGGAAUUGACCAAACUGGAAGUGCCUAAGGCACAGUUUUGUUGGACACUGACAAAUAUGGUCAACUCUCUCUAAGACGGACACCACUGCUGAGAUUGGGACCGGCAAUAGUGUCCUUCUUAAUAGAGAGAUGCUAAAGAGAGAGUCAGAUAAAGGAAGAGAAGGAGGAAAGGGACCCAUCCUAGGUGUCCGUUUUCCCGAGAUGAUUUGGUUCCUCGCAUGUUUAAAUGGUCAUGCGCCAAUAAAAACGGUGAAAUUGAGGCGCAAAUCAAGUCUAGCCAUCACUACAGAAGUUAGGAGAACUCAUAAAAUCAAGGAACCGGCUCCACAAGAAGGCUUGGAAAAGCAGAUCUGGAGUGGACUGGGAAGCACUCGUCUGUCUGAGGCACGUAAUAGAGCAUUUCAUUGGACAAGAGGAGCGAGACUCUCUUUAACGAACAGCUGACAGCUAACAAUUUAAGGGAAUAGUGGCUGCAUAUGCAAAAUAAUACGGCGCACGAUUCCUACCAAUCCUACUCAAUUUCACCAAUACACUUAUGACACCAGUACACUAGCGAACGAGUUCAAUCGGUUUUUUUUUUGUUUUUUUCAUUUCUUUGGGUGAAAACGUGGCAAAGAAACUGAAGGACUUGCAAGAUCAUAUGGCCUGGAUAUCCGCCCCUUCUUUAUUACCCCUAAUGUGCCUCAUGCCGAUGAUUUAUCAAUUUGAGUUCCAGCCCGUACGGAAGGAGAUCAUGGCCACACCCCCUAAUAAGGCCCCUGGUUUUGAAAAGGUGCUAAUGUCAGUGGUAAAAGAUUGCCCUCGGCACAUUACCAACAUCAUAAAAACAGGCUUAUUUCCUUACUACAAGUCCUCUCCAAGGUUGCCGAGAAAAUCCCGUUUUGUCAAUUUAGAAAAUGUCUGUAAGAGACAAAUCGCCUCACUUUUCACAAAAGUGGGAACCGAGAAUUCCACUCAACGGAGACAUUCAGUCUCAUGGUAACUGAUCAUACACUCCAGGCCAUGGAUAGGAAACAUAUUACAGCAAUGGUGCUGAUCGACUUACUUAAAGCCUUUGAUAGCUUGUGUCAUUUGAGCUUGCUUAAUAAACUCACCAGAUUGGGAACUUUGAACAAGGCUCUUCUAUUGUUCCAAAAUUACCUCACUAACAGACAACAAUGCACGGGCAUUGCGACAUCGUUGUCAGAACCCUUAACAUUAACCCACCGCGUACCACGGGGCUCAAUUUUAGGUCUCAUGCUCUUCGCCUUCUAGAUGAAUGAUCUUCCAGAAGCCAUCAAGUCAAGUAACAUUGAAUCCUUUGUAGAUGUUCUCGACAAAGGAUUUGGAUUCAUGUUUACGCCUAGUUACUGAAGAUCUCCAUCACGUUGCUGAGUGGUGCUGUGCAAAUCACCUACUGGUUAACCCAGACAAGACAAAGUUGUUGCUAUUUGGAGUGAGAAAAAUCCUGUCCAAAAUGCCUUGGCCAAGAGCUAACACCUGUGUCACCUGCCAAGGACCUAGGAGUCAUACUUGACUCAAACUUGAGUCUUAAUGAACAUGUGUCGUCACUUCACUCCUCCCUUUUAUCAACCUACAGCAACACAACGUGGCUUCUGUUAUCGAGCACUUAAAACCUGGAAUAACCUUUCUGUUGCUACUAGGAACUCGCGCUCAAUUCACUCUUCAAGAAGAAUGUAAAAGAGAAAUGGAGCUUAGCUGGAUUUAGUGAUGAUUUUUAGAUAUAUCUACGUACUUUAAUGUGAAUAAGUUACUUGUAAUAAUGUAAUUAGAUAUAUUUAGCUAAUAUUGAAUGAGACUGACUAGGAUGUAAAAUAACAUCCUCCGAGAUCUGCAUAAUUCUUCACAUCACGCGAAAGCCGAAUUCAAUAAUUGUUUUAUUAUUUAUUCAAAAUAUUUUAAAGUUCUCAACAAGCCUAUCUCCUCGUAGACUUUCUUCAAAACUUUGGCCUAUUUUUGGCUCAGUUUCAGGAAAGAAACAAAGUUUUUUUGUCGCAGAUACUCCUCGAAAAGUAGAUAACAUCCACUCAGUUUUAGUCAAACGUUUAGCUAUAUUUGGUCUUCGGAUAGUCGUGAACUGCAUUUGUUUUAGUUCACUCGUGAAUACACAGCUAGGCUGCCGCGCCUGGAAACGACGUUGAUCGAUGGUCUAUUGCCCAACAAGCUUCGUUUCCAAUCAAAUAUACCAUCGAUCAACCUCGUUUCUAUCGAAUCAAUAGUAUAUUGCUUGCAUGUUCCAAAUUUGGUCAGCGCCGGUUGGUUAUGACGAAUUGACCUGGGAAUUGGAGCCAAUCAGAGAAUGCGAAAUAUUUUGCAUAAAUAAUAAAUUAUAUUCAUGAUUAUUUUUCUACUCGAUGGAAGCCCCUUUAGGAGAAUCGACGAGUCUAAAUUAGUUUUGAUACCAUUAAAAUUGACCCUAUCUUUUUUUCCUUCUUUUAGAUGCUCAUAGAGCGUCCGGGAAUCAUGAACAAGCAAUCAACAUCUGGAACACAGAAACUUUACCAGUGUAUAAAGAUGUGCUUGGUGACCACCCUUGGACAGCCUCGAUCCUGCGAUACAUAGCCGGUUCAUACCGGUGCCUUGCGAAAUCUGAAUCUGUCGAUUCUGGAAAGGCUGAUCAAGCUGAAAAGUACAGCAGAGAGGCUCUGGAAUUGCGAAUCAAGUUGCUGGGAGAACAUCACGAUACCGCACGGUCCCAUGUUGACCUUAGCGACAGCUUGAUCAUUAAAGCUAUUAAGCAGCUUGAAGAAGCCAUUGAAAUCCAGAAAAAGGUUUUAGGUGAAGAACAUGAGACCACGGAGAAAACAAUAUCACGGCUGGGGAAAUUAAAGUCCAUGACAGAAUGA